AUGAUUCACCUAACACCUGUACAUGAACUUGGAGUAUCAGACAGUUGCUACUCCAUCAGUAAUCAUCAUGCUUUGAUAAAAACAAUUCAUGAGGCAGAUCGACAGGUGACUAUGAAGGAACUUGAAGAUUUUGUAACUAAAGUAGAAAAGGAAUGGGAAAUGCUGACGGUACAAGAUGUGGUAUGGAACCACGCUGCAAAAAAUGCACAAUGGUUGCUGGUAAGUUUAUAUUUAUCGUUGGACUUUAGUCUUUAAUU